CACUGGAAUUCCGCAUCCCAAAACGCGUUACACGCUCCCCGUCUUCCCUUCCCAACGUCUCCCAUGAAGUCAGCCUCCGGUUUUCGACUCACAUGUCGCUCGCAUAACCCAUUCCGACCGUCCCUGGUCCUCUGGCAACACUUCGUAUUACCGCACGCCUCAAUUCGUUUCUACCAGCGGCCGUCUUCUUCAGACACCCAACCAGUCGAGCCAGGACUGCCCUCUGUGUCGAACAGCAGCGACCCCCAAAGCCGCCCGAACGUGCCGAAUAACGAUGCAUCGUCCACCCCACCCGGCUCUGGCAACGAGGAACAAAGGUUCAAAAUAAGGAGAACACGGUUGGAUUCGAAGCCGAAGCGCGAACUGGCAUCACCUAUAGCUGUUGCCCUAAGAUGUUUGUAUACCUUCUCGGACUAUAAAGGCGUUCCAAUCCUGCCGAAAUCCCGCCGUAAGAUCAAGGACAUGUGGAUGCCUUGGAUGACGGAAUCCGCCCUAUGGAACCGGCCGCUGACGGGAAUGGAGAGGGUGUCGCUGGAGAUCUCCAAAUUCUACGAAUGGGCAAAGCCAACCCCCAACGAAUCCCGCGCACGAGACAGAGUGAUGCAGCAAGUACUAUCCACUGUCCAAAUCCCAACCAGCAGGAUCAGGUUGGAACUCUUCGGCUCGGAACGAAGUGGGCUUGCAUUGCCCCUCUCCGACAUAGAUUUCCGCGUCCUGCAACCCGACAUAGAAGGCUUCGACCUCAAUGAUAACAUUCCAUCAAAGAGACGGAUUUCCAAACGCACGAAGCGCCUUUUGGAUACCUUGAAGUUUCGCUUCCUGAAGGACGAGACGCACUUCAAGACUCCCGCUAUCCACAUCUUCAGCCAUCCUCUUAUCUCCGUCUCUCACACUGCCACCACUCUCGACGUGCAACUCGUCUGCUGCAACGACACUUCUGCGCAGCAGGACGCCAUAGCGAAGUAUAUACGGCAGUAUCCGCAGCUUCCGGCCGUCUACACCGUAGUAAGAGCGAUGAUGAAGGCGAGGGGUCUAGCGGAGCCCGCCCAUGGCGGCUUCGGCGCCUACACGACUCUCAUGAUGGUUGUAGCUGCUUUCCGGCAUACGCAAUUGAUAACCUCCGAUCCUGGACACAGUCUGAUGAAGUUCCUGAACUUUUGGGCCUCGUUCGACACCUUGAACGGGCUCUCCAUCUCGCCGCCCGAGCUCUUCGACAAGGAGGCCGAACCCGUCCUGUCCGAAACUGCAAAGCAGGAUCUUCUCGAUGGUCGGAUCAAAGCCCUUCCCCCUUGGAUGCUCUGUCUCCGCGACCCCGUCGACCCCACCAACAACCUCGGCCGCAAAUCCGCCUCCAUCAAACACUUCCAAGCCACAUGCAAGCACCUCGCAGACUCCUUAACUUACAACUACCGGCUCUGCGAUAGGGGUAGCCGGCCUCCGGGUCCGCUGUUGUGGUCGGUUGUGGGACCACCGGAUCCGGCAAUGUUGAGACGGAGAUAUAAGUUGGAGGUGUUUGGGAGUAAAAAGUUGGAACCCCUUGGAGAAGAAGCUCAGGGUGGUGGGUGAGGCCGAGGGCACGGUACAGAUGGAGGGAAGGAGUCUAACAGGAGGGCUUUGGACAAGGAUCCAAGCAGUGACGAAAGGAGGGGAGGAGCGCGUGGUGAAGCAGUAGACGCUUUUACGCUUUUGGGCUUUUGAAACCCUUAUAUCUGGUGGGUGCAUGUAUCGAGUCAAGGUACGGAUUGUUGUUGGUAGAUGUAAGAUAUAUAUUGUGAGGCUUACGAGUAGAGGAUGCGACCCUCCGUGGACUGAUGGGUUGUGACGGCU